UGUUGCACCCCAAGAAAACAAUGUUGUUACCACGUGAUUAUUCGUAGCCUUAUCUUUACAAAAUUACACCCGCGAUCAUCUGUAUAAUAACCCGCCAUGGUCUCUUUGAAGAGCAGCAAGAUUGAUUCUGAGAACACAGCUUCCAACUUCCAUGCCGCCUUCAUCUCCUCCAGCUCCCUUCACAACAUUUCCAGGUUUCUUCUACAUUCUGCUCAAUCAUUCAUAUCCAUUUCUCUACGAACAUUGAACCUCAAGAAACCCUAACCAAAUGACAAUUUCAUUUUCCAAUCACCUCAUCACUCGAACCCCUCCCCUCUUCAAGCCCACUACAGAUUCUAAACCCAGCAGCUCUGUACUCAAAUUCAAAAUCCAUGUAUUUAGGAACCAAAACCCCACCUUUAAUCCACAUAGUGUUAACCUUUCUACUGAAAAUAUAAGUACCCUAACGCAGUUAGAUGAUUUUACUAGAAUGAAUCAUGAAGAAAGUCUGUAUCUUAUUGAAUGUAUGCUAAAGACUGGGUACAAACCAGAUAUGGUUCUUUGUACAAAGCUCAUCAAGAAGCUUUUUAGAGUAAAAAAAGCUGAAAAAGCAGUAAAACUGGUGCAGCUUCUGGAGCAAUUUGGUGUGACAAAUGUGGCUACUUAUAAUGCUUUGAUAAAUGGAUUCUGUAAAAUGAAUAGGGUUGAGGAAGCUAACAGGGUAUUGAAUAGGAUGAGAACCCUAGGUUUUCCGCCUGAUGUUGUUACCUAUACCAUAAUCAUAGAGAGUCUUUGUGACAGGGGGAAGCUAGGAUUAGCUUUCAAGGUUUUGGAUAAGAUGAAGGGAGAUGAAAAUUAUAAACCGGAUGUUGUGACAUACACGGUGUUGAUGGAUGCUAUGCUCGUUGAAGGGGACAUUAACGGAGCAAUGGAGCUUCUAGACGAGAUGUUAUCUAGAGGGCUUGAGCCAAAUCUAUACACUUAUAAUGCUAUCCUUAAAGGGUUGUGUGGUAAAGGCAUGAUGGAUCAAGCAUACAAGUUUAUUGCGAGUUUGCCAGCUAGGGGAUGCAAACCGAGUGUAAUUUCAUAUAAUAUUUUGUUGAGGGCAUCAUUGUGCCUGGGGGAUUGGGAUGGCGGGGAGAAGCUAGUGGAAGAGAUGUUGUCCACGGGUUGUGAGCCCGAUGUGGUUACCUAUAGCAUCUUGAUGAUUUCAUUGUGCCGAGAUGGGAAACUAAACAAGGCGAUCGACCUAUUGAAGAUUAUGGUGGAGAAGGGGUUAACACCCAAUAUAUUUAUCUAUAAUCCAUUGAUUAGAGCAUCCUGCAAGGAGGGAAGACUGGAUUUGGCUAUCGAUCUUUUGAAUGACAUGAUUUCGAAUGGCUGCUCACGAAUAAUGAAUUACAAUACUAUCCUUUCUGCAAUGUGUAAAAGUGGGAAUGCUGAUCUUGCUAUUGGCGUCUUUGAGAAACUCUGUGAAUCAGGUUGUCCUCUUGAUGUGAGUGCUUUUAAUUCAAUGAUGAGUGCUUUAUGGAACAAUGGAGAAAGAACGAAGGCCUUGAAUGUGGUUCCACUAAUGAUAGACCAAGGGAUUGAUCCCAACGAGAUUACGUAUAGUACACUGGUUUCAUGUUUAAGCAAAUAUUCAAUGGUGGAUGAGGCUAUGGUGCUGUUAAAAGAUAUGGAGAGUUGCAGUAUUCCACCUACAGUCAACAUUUACAACAGCGUUUUGCUUGCGCUCUGCAAAUCUCAAAGAUCAGACGAGGCAAUUGGUAUCCUAGUAGAAAUGGCUGAUAAGGGCUGCCAGCCAAACGAAAGGACUUACAUUAUACUAAUCAACGGCAUUGGUUUGCAAGGAUGGAGAGACGAGGCAAUCAAGCUGGGAGCCACACUUUUCCGAAUGAAUGUUAUUUCAAAGAAAUCACUGCGUGGUUUGAAGAAGUCGUUUUCCAUUCUUGGUACUUCAAAAUAACGUUUUAUUCUUUAAAGAUCCAAUGAAGAAGGGCAGGUUUCAUUCCCUUUCCCCUCUACUUGAGAUUUCUGAUUAUCCUUCUUUAGACAGCUGCAAAAGUUGGUUUCACCUAAGCCUCUCUUGCUUUGUACAAUGCUGAAGAUAUUGAGAGUUUGAGAUGCAUUUCUGAUGAUAAAGAGCUGCAAAAGGCUGUGAAUUUCUUGUUUUGUUAUUAGCUCCAUGCUAUAUGUUUUUACAGUUAAAAAACAACACAAGAACAUCGCCAGGCUUUGUGUGAAAAUAUUAUUGGGUCCUAGAUGUAUAAAAUUUAGGGGUCUAAUUACA